AUGGAUAAUACGAAGCAGAGGAGAGUUUUAGGUGCGGUGCGAAGCCUAUCUGAAGCAGUUUCUAAUACCCCCAACGCCGCAGAAUUAAAAAGCAUUUUACGGAAAACAGAGUCAAAGCUGUCUGAGGACCUUUCCCUGAAUGAUUUAGAGCAGUUCCUCAGUAUCUUUACGAAUCACAAUAGUAAUUAUACGAACGUCGAGACGGAUGAAUUUCACACGCUAGCGGAUGAAGUUCUCAACAAUUCUAUCCGAUCGUUAUUAGUGUAUGCCGAUUUUUCAAGUUUCUUCGGGGAUGCCGAGAUUCUUUCCCUUUCAAUGGCCUUACAGUACAACCUUUCGAUUGAGGCCAUCACGCUGAAUGGCAUUGACGUCAGUGAUGACGCCAUCUCCGCGAUGUGUGAGGCGCUUCUGCUGUCUCGCGUUAGUUAUAUUAAUCUUUCUAAUACCCCCCUAUUGGACGAGGCGGGCAGUUCGAUAGCGGCCUUAGCGCAUAUUAACCCUUAUUUACGGACCGUCAUUGUUGAGGAUACCCUCAUCUCUGACGACGUUCUGGACGAAAUUGACGUCGCCUGUCAGUUUAACCAAAGCAACUUAGAGGCAAAUCACGGCAUGAUUGAUGAAAGUUUAAUACCAUCCGCCGAUUUGGGCCGACUAAAGCAGCGGCUAAAGCAAAUUAUUCGCGCUCAUCAAAAUCGCGCGCACUUUUGCGUGGCACAUUUGUUCGGCUGCUGCCCCAAUGGGGAGCUUUGUUUUUACUCCCACGCCUUGAACACCGGCGGGGUGGAUAACGACGCCAAGGUUCGUUUAUCUGAAAAGAUAACCGGGCUUUUCACAAGCGAUGAGAAUUGGGAGGACAAACUACCACCACAGCCGCAGGCGGGCGCUUCAUGGCGUCUUCCUGAAGAGGCCAAGGAUUCCCGCCCAAAGUUGAAUUUAGAUCGACGGAGAGAGUUUAAAAGACAUGAAAAGCAGAGCAGGGUGGCGCAAAAGGGAUUCAUAUCCUAUAUGAACCUGCGAUUUGGCAAAACUUUUUCAUUAACCUUAUCCGCCAUAACAGUUUCGUGCCUGCUGGCGUUUUUUUUGAGUCAGCGCAAGCGAUGGGCCUUCUGGUAA